AACAUGCGGUCAAUCCUGCUGACCUGGCUACCUGGACUCAUGCUUAUAUCGCCACCACCAAAGGUUCUACAUUUCAUACGUCCUCUCAAAAAUCCGCAUGAAUUAUCGACUCGGGUGCUACGGAUCACAUGGCAUUUGAUCCUGGCCAACUUAUUAGUCGCAAAUCAUCCACUCCGUCGGUGGUGUCUAAUGCUAAUGGACAUUCUCACAGGAAAGACGAUUGGUUGUGGUACUCGGCGGGGCAAACUCUACUACUUUGACUCGGCACUGGAUAGUGAGAUCAAGGUUGGUCAAGCUUUUACAACCAGUGGAACUCGUUCUGAGGAGGAGAGAGACAAAAUUUGGUUAUGGCAUAAACGUCUUGGAACGUCACUCUGCAUCAAAAUGACCCGUCGCCAGUGGAAAGCAACCCGUCGCACCCCUUUAGUUCUUCAACUACAGAUAAUCUGCUUCAUAAUGACUGAUCGCUAGUAUAUUGUCUCCACGCUGUCAAAAUCAAGAGGAGGAAAUUGAACCGGUUUAUGAGAUUUUGCCCGCUUUAGCUCCAGUAUUGCACCAAUCACCUGCUGAGGAAGUCAUUCAGGUAACAUCUUUUUCUGAAACUAAUAACACUAAUGAAAUAUCCCAUCAUGAUUUGAUUUCAGAAGGAACAGAGCCUAGAUAUCAGCUUCUAGAAAGGAAUAACUGUGGCAAACCUCGAGUACAAUAUGAAGCAGAUCUUAAAGCCAAAAGGAAAUACCCCAUCAAUAAUUAUAUAUCUCUCAGCAGAUUAUCAGAGUCACGUGUGCACUAUGUGAAGCAGUUGACUGACAUAUCUGUCCCCAACAGUGUAACUGAAGCACUAAAAGACCCAAAAUGGAAAGAAGCUAUGAAUGAAGAAAUGCGAGCUCUCCAAAAGAAUGUCACAUGGGAACUCAUGUCUUUACCUCAUGGAAAGAAGACAAUAAGACUCAGGUGGAUUUAUACUGUGAAACUCAAAGCAGAUAGAUCCUUUGAAAGAUAUAAAGCUAGAUUGGUGGUGAAUGGGUACACACAGAGAUAUGGGAUAGACUACGAGGAGACCUUUGCCCUAAUAGCCAAGAUUAACACUAUUAUAGUCCUAUUGUCUCUAGCAGCAAAUCUCGAUUGGCCACUACAUCAAUUUGAUGUCAAAAAUGUAUUCUUACAUGGAGACUUGGAAGAAGAAGUAUAUAUGGACUUACCCCUAGGAUGUAAGCUUAGAAAAAUCAGCUUUUAAUAAGAAAAAUCAAGUUUGCAAGCUCAGAAAGUCAUUACAUGGGUUAAAGCAAUCUCCUAGGACAUGGUUUGGCAGAUUUACUAAAUCUAUGAAGAAUUUUGAAUAUACACAGAGUAAUUCAGAUCACACCCUGUUCUUGAAGCGUGAUGAAGGAAAACUUACUGCAUUGAUUGUUUAUGUAGAUGACAUAAUUGUAACUAAAAACGACACAGAAGAGCAAUUGAAGUUACAAAAGUAUUUCUCAGAAAUUUGAGUUGAAGGAUUUAGGUGAUCUGAAGUACUUUCUCAGAAUCAAAGUAGCAAGGUCAAAAAUUGGUAUAUUUCUGUCUCAAAGGAAGUAUGUAAUGGAUCUACUCACUGAAUCAGGAAUACUUGGAUGUAAGCUUGCUAACACACCCAUUGAGAUGAAUCACAAGUUGUGUGAAGACAUUGACCAAGAACCAACCAAUAAGGAAUAGUACCAACGCCUUGUUGGAAAGUUGAUAUACCUGGCACACACAAAACCAGAUAUUGCAUAUGUUGUGAGUGUGGUUAGUCAAUUUAUGCAUUCGCCCAGUGUUUCUCAUAGGAAUGCAGUUGAUCGGAUCUUAAGAUACUUAAAGUCAGCCCCUGGGAAAUAAUUAAUGUUCUCAAAAAAUGGAGAUCUUGAAGUUAUUGGAUAUGCAAAUGCUGAUUGGGCAUGUUCCAUUACAGAUAGAUGCUCUACUUCUGGUUACUUUACAUUCGUGGGAGGUAACCUAGUUACUUGGCGAAGUAAAAAGCAAAAUGUGGUUUCUCGGUCUAGUGCAGAAGCAGAGUAUUGAGGAAUGACGAGUUUGUGAAUUAUUAUGGAUCAGAAGACUCUUGACAGAAUUGGGCUUCAAGCCAGAAAAGCCAAUGGAGUUGCAUUGUGACAACAAGUCAGCUAUCGAUAUUGCCUAU